AUGAGCAUCCUCAUCACCGGCGCAGGCGGCUUCAUCGGCCAGGCCCUCGCCAAAGCCCUCGCAGACUCUCCAGGCGUCGAAUCCCUCGUCCUCACAGAUGUGGUUGAGCCCGCGGUUCCGUAUAGCACCAAGAUAAACAUCACGGCGCUCAAGGCAGACCUGACCUCCCGCGAAACAUGUCAAUCGCUCCUCUCCACCGAGUUUACUCAUGUGUAUCUCCUCCACGGGAUCAUGUCCGGCGCGAGCGAAGCCAACCUUUCACUCGGGCUUGCGGUUAAUGUCGACUCGAUGCGGAAUAUUCUUGAUGUCCUUGGGGAGAAACAUGAAUCGAGUGGUGCGAAGCCAGUUCGCAUUGUGUAUCCGUCUAGUCUCGCAGUCUUUGGUGGGCCGGAUAUCCUGAAGUCGCCAGUGACCGAGUCGACUAUUGCCCUACCGCAGUCAUCAUAUGGUGCACAGAAACAUAUUUGCGAGGUGCUCUUCAACGAUUUCUCUAGACGGGGGAUUGUCGAUGCGUGCAUUGUUCGUUUACCCACGAUUAUUGUCCGACCGGGGAAACCUUCUGGUGCAGCAUCGAGUUUCUGCUCGGGGAUUGUGCGAGAACCGCUAAAGGGAGAGCAGAGUUUGUUGCCCGUGUCGCGUGAGUUGAAGCUGUGGGUGUGCUCAACGAGGACCAUCAUUCGGAAUCUGGUACAGGCCAAGGACGUGCAGUUUGCAGGGGACACAUACUCGCGGAUCGUGAAUCUUCCAGGCGUGACGGUCACUGUGCAGGAAAUCUUGGACGGGCUGAAGGCGGUUGGAGGCGAGAAGGCAUUGGAGCAGGUGGUCGAGAAGCCCGAUCUGGCCGUCCAGCAGAUUGUUGGGUCAUGGCCAGCCAUCUUCGACAUCAAGAAAGCGCUCUCUAUGGGCUUCCAUCCCGAUGGAGACCUUGCGCAGACGAUUCGAGAGUAUAUAGAGGACUACGGUCACAAUGCAUCAUGA